GUUUCUCGCAAGGUCUGGACUCUGGAGUCACUUGAAGGGAAAGCCUUCAGCUUCCGCCAUAACCAGCGCGAGAGCGAAAACGUCUUCGCCCCCCCGAAAGUUUCAGUCGGAGUUGUUCGCCGUUCUCGGCCGCCCUUGCAACUCUUCCUUUGAUCGCUUUCCCUCCUCCCCUGUCUGCUAUUUGUUGAACAUUAGACUCCUCAUCUCGACGGCGGUGGACGACCAGGUUUUAGCUGCUGUCUGUGCUUAUACGCGCCGCCGCCUUUCAGCAAAAUCGUAGGGGGCGGUUGCCGAACGAGUUUUUCCCGGCUAACGAUUGAAGUGACUCCCUGAAAGAGAAACAAGUUUCUUCUUGGCCAGAAUGGAGGUAGAAGAGCUCGAAGCUAAUGGAAUGAGUUUGAAGGGUGGUGCAGAUAUGAGUCCGGGUGAGGGGAAGUCGAACAGAUUGAAAAGCAACAAGAAGAAGCGGAUGCAAGAGGUUGGAAUGAUUGAAGUAGAGAAACAUGUCAAUGGUGACAACACCGAAGAAGACUAUGAUGUUGAAGGGAGCCGAACAAGGCUGAAAAGUGGGAAGAAGAAAAUGAUGAAGAAUACCGAAGUUGGUGGUGAUGAGACUUGUGAGGAAGAGGUGAAGAAGGGGAGCAAGAGAAAGAAACAGCAGUUAUUAGAAGAAACUGAACGGGAUGAGGAGGGAGAGAAUGAUGUCGAUGGAGGUAUUGGUCCAGAUUCCGUUGAUGAUACUACGGAAUCUCUGAACAAUGAGCGAAAGCAGUCGUUAGUUGGUGAUAAAAAGGAGAGAAUGAAGAGAGAGAAGAAGAAGCAGCGUUUGUUAGAGGAAACAGCCAAGGCUGAUAGGCGUGGAGUUUGUUAUUUGAGCCGAAUUCCUCCUCACAUGGAUCCUGCAAAGCUCCGUCAUGCUCUCUCACAGUAUGGUGAAAUCCAGAGGAUCUAUCUUGUACCAGAAGACUCAAAUCCGCUACAUUUUCAGAAGAAAGCUGCUAAGCAUAGGAUGCAAUCAUUCGCAGAAGGGUGGGUGGAAUUUACUGAUAAAGUUGUGGCAAAAAGAGUUGCAAACAUGUUAAACGGCGAACAAAUGGGUGGGAAGAAGAGAUCGCAGUUCUAUUUCGAUACGUGGAACAUCAAGUACUUGAGUAAAUUCAAGUGGGAUGAUCUGACAGAGGAGAUUGCUAUAAAGAGAGCCGUCAGAGAACAGAAGCUAGCUUUAGAACUUUCUGCUGCAAAGAGGGAACGCGAUUUCUAUCUCUCCAAAGUUGAGAAAUCAAUCGCUCUUACUAACAUAGAAAAACGGCUGAAGAAGGUAAAAAAUGUGCAAUCUUUACUAACCAUCGGGAAGCAAAAGGCACAAGAACCACCAAGGGUAAUCCGCCGAAUGCCACAGAAAAAGCCAGUGACUGAGAAAGCAGAGGAGAAGAAAUCUAAAAUCUCUAUGGAUGUCCUGGCCGGAGUGUUUGGGGGUUCUUCUGGGUGACAUCUUUGGUACCCCCUUCAGUUGCUGUCAUGAGGUCUGCAGCUUUCUGGGAAACGCCUGAACGCAGUUUCCGAAGUGCCUUGUGGGUUAAGUUACCUCUUUUCAGGUUUCCUUACGCACUGCGAUUUUGACAAGGAAGAGGGAAUGCAUCUAUAUCCGAAUUUCGAGGGCUUUCUUGAAGAUGGUUGACAAAUGUAGUGUGAGUGAAAAGGGCAGUUAUUCUGAAACUUGGGACUGGGGAGUUCUCAACCUGGCAAUAGGUUACAAUGUUUAGUUGGAGUUGGUCGGAUGUAGAAGAAGAGUGAUGUAAACGUAAUAUAUUGGUGAAACUCUUACUUGGUUUACUAUAAUGCACAAUUAUCCAUUGGGUAAUUGGAGUAUUGUGUCUCGAUUCUUUGAUGUGGUCUUUUUAAGUUUUUGUCGAUUUAAAGUAGAC